CCUUGCUAGAUCACCUGCCCUAGCUCUCUUCCCUGAGACCGGUUCGUGACGCCAUGGACUGGAAAGACCAGGCCAAGCCCAUGAUGCACAACAAGUUCUCGAGCUGUCGUGGCGUCUCCUUCGAGCUCAAGCCGUCGCCGGGCAGCUCGUUCGCCCUCCAAGCACACGACGGUCAUGGUCCUCCCCAGCAGCCACCGGACGCCACGAGCGCCGGCCGGUGGGUCUGGCUGCCCCAGACGUUCAGCCGCGCCUCCUCCCGGAUCUUUCCUGCGGCUUUUGGCAGGUCGCCUAGCCUAGCGAGCAGCCACUUCUGUGACCUCGACGACGAGGGCGCGGACGACGACGAGGAGAUGGCCGUCGCCGCGGCAGCUGCGGCCGUUGAUGACGCGCCGGGCAAGAAGGCGAGCGCGCCGGCGGCGUCGGCGAAGGAGGCGCCAUCGGCGCGCUCGAGGCUCGGCGUCAUACUGCUCGACCAGGGCCUGUUCACCGUGUACAAGCGCCUCUUCGUUCUGUGCUUCGCGUUGAACGCCGUGGGGCUCGCGCUCGCGGCGACCGGACACUUCCCUUACGCGAGGGGGCACGCAGCCGUCUUCGCCAUGGGCAACAUCCUGGCGCUCACGCUGUGCCGCUCCGAGGCGGUUCUGCGGGCCGUGUUCUGGCUCGCCGUCGCGCUCUUCGGCCGGCCGUGGGUGCCCGUCGUCGUGAAGACCGGAGUGACGGCGAUCCUGCAGUCGCUAGGCGGCGUGCACAGCGGCUGCGGCGUGUCGUCGCUGGCGUGGCUGGCGUACGCGCUCGUGCGGGCGCAGCUCCAGCGCCGCGACGGCAUGACGCCACGCGAGGUCGUCGGCGUCGCGUCGGCAAUACUCGGCCUGCUGGCGCUCUCGUGCUUGGCCGCGUUCCCGCUGCUCCGCCACCUCCACCACAACGUGUUCGAGCGCACGCACCGGUUCGCCGGCUGGACCGCGCUCGCCCUGCUCUGGGUCUUCGUCGUCCUCUCUGCCGGCUACGACCCAACCACCGCGUCCUACGUCCGCCUCACCGGCGCCGCCCUCGUCAAGCGCCAGGAGCUCUGGCUCGCCACCGCCAUCACCUUCUUCACCGUCCUGCCAUGGCUCACCGUACGGCGCGUGCCGGUCACGGUCACCGCGCGUUCCAGCCACGCGUCGGUCAUUACCUUGCAGGGCGGCGUCAAGGCCGGGCUGCUCGGCCGCAUCAGCCGCUCCCCUCUCUCCGAGUGGCACGCCUUCGGCAUCAUCUCCGACAACGGCGACACGCACGCGAUGCUCGCCGGCGCGGUGGGCGACUUCACCCGGGGCCUCAUCUCGGACCCACCGACACGCCUCUGGGUGCGCGGGGUCCACUUCGCCGGGCUGCCCUACCUCCUCAACAUGUACCGGCGGGCGACCAUGGUCGCGACGGGCUCCGGGAUAUGCGUGUUCAUGUCGUUCCUGAUGCAGCCCGGCCCGGCGGAGCUGUCGCUGGUGUGGGUGGCCAAGGGCAUCGAGGCCAACUACGGCGAGGAGAUGAAGGCGGCGGCGUGCGGCAGCGAGAGGCUGCGCGGGAGGGUGGUCGUGCACGACACGGCGGUGAUGGGGCGGCCGGACGUGGCGGCGCUGGCCGUGGACGCGGCGCGGCGUUGGGGCUCGGAGGUGGUGGUGGUGACGAGCAACCCGGAGGGGAGCAGGGACGUGGUGACGGCGUGCAACAAGGCCGGCAUCCCCGCGUUCGGGCCUAUCUGGGAUUCUUGACCCCACGUUGAAAUCUCGCACACUGAAGACGCUCACUGGUGCUGCUCUGUUUGUCGUCUACAGCCUCUAAUAUGUAACUUAACGCUACUUUUUAUUAGUUAUGUGAAAAAAUACUACUGAUAGACAGUGAGAAAAUACUACUAAAACUAAUUGUACUCUAACAAGCUACUCCGUAGCAAUUAUAGGAUUGUAACAAGCUAGCAUUUGCCUACCUACAAGUUGAGAAAAUAU